ACGAUCCUACGCACGAGCGCGUCCCUCCUCCCGUGCGCCGGCCGGUCGGACCUAAACCUCCCAAUCUCUUCGUCUAUUAGCCUCGAGCCAUCCUUGGGCAGUUUUAAUGGAGUUUAACUGGCCAUCCAUCUUUCCCUAAAUUCCUCUCUCCUUCUUGCGUGUUUUUCCUAAACCCUCCAGCUCUCAAGAAAGAAAGAUCUCCCAUGGAGAGGCUUAUCUCUUCCUUCUCUACCCGAACCCCUCUCCCGAGGUCUCCUCUUAUCGUCCCUCGCGUCGCCGGCGGCGGUGGGAGAUCCAGCCUCGGGCCGCUCCGCCGGGAGUGUCUCAAGCCCACCGGCGCCCUCUUUUCCAAACAAGAAGGCGUGCCGCGUCCGCCACCGCCGCCGCCUCUUCCUCUCCCUCAACGUUCUUCUUCGUCCUUUAUUCAGAAUUUUUCGGUUAUACGCUCGGAAGAGAAGGCAGGAAAGGCUGAUCAAAUUUCCCAAUUGGCCGAGCGGAUUCGACAUUUGGCAGGUCCAUGCCUCAAAAAGGUUGCUUCUGCUGCUGCAACUAUCUUGCUGUCAGCAUUGAUUUCAAUCAUAAUCCAGCCUAUUCUAGCACCAUCAGCUUAUGCGACAGUUCAAUCAGCUGCCAAGACUGGUGGGAAAUUCAUUAAAGCUGAGUUACUAAGUAGUGCCUGGACUGGCCUUUUCGCUGGUUGCCUGCACACACUUUCUGGUCCUGAUCAUCUUGCUGCCUUAGCUCCCUUAUCAAUUGGCAGAACGAGAGUGGAGAGUGCCAUAGUGGGGGCUUUAUGGGGCUGUGGCCAUGAUGCUGGACAGGUGAUAUUUGGAUUGCUUUUCCUGCUGCUCAAGGAUCGUUUGCACAUUGAGGUCAUCCGCACAUGGGGCACAAGAGUUGUUGGUAUAACUCUUCUUGUUAUAGGUGCUAUGGGAAUCAGGGAAGCUACAGAGGUCCACACUCCUUGUGUUGCUCUAGAUAAUGGGGAGUGUGAUGUGAGCAUCGUCGAGCCUCUACAGACUGCACCCAGUGGGAAGAAAAAAAUUGGGUUUGCAACUUUUGCUACCGGCAUUGUGCAUGGUCUGCAGCCAGAUGCCCUCAUGAUGGUGUUGCCAGCGCUUGCUCUUCCAUCACGUUUAGCUGGAGCUGCUUUUCUAGGUAUGUUUUUGGUGGGGACAGUGCUUGCUAUGGGGAGUUAUACAGUAUUUAUAGGUUCAUGUAGCCAGGCAUUGAAAGACAGGGUUCCUAGGAUAACAGAGAAACUGACUUGGGCUGCAUCUCUUGUAGCAAUAUCUAUGGGAGUAGCCAUUCUUGUUAGCCAGUUUUUUGGUUUUAGCCUGUAUUGAUCUCACUUUCUUUUUUUUUUUUUGCCCUCCUCUUUUUCUAGAAAAUUUACACAAUGCCUUUUAAUGAGUUAGGAAUCUACAUACCAAAGAGUUCAAUCUCAUAUCCCCUACCACUUGAUUGGCCUUUGGUCCUUGAGUUCAAAAUGACUGCCGGAUUCAUGUCUUUUCUAUUGGUAAAUGCUGCCUAUGGCUGCCUAUCCUGUCAUUAGUUUAUAGAUUGAUGUGGAAUGGAGUUCUCUUUUUUCUUGGAUGAACUGUGAGCUUUUAUAUUGCAUUCAUAUUUUGGUUAUGGGACCUAAACAACAAAUACACUUGCAUGUCAUUGUUCCUUUGG